CAUUAAAAAAAAGACAAGAACAAAAGGAAAAUUAAAAAAUAAAAAUAAAAAUAAAGUCCACUACUCUAAAAAAACACACAACCACAAAUCAAAAGCCCCCAAAAGAAACAAGAGAAGAAUUAGAGUUGUGUGUGUGAGAGACUUUGUGAGACCCUCAAAAAAACACCCCCACAGAAAAAAAAAAAGAAAAAAAAAAAACACUAAAAAUUAUUGAUUGUGAUGAUGAUGAUGAUGAGAAGAAAUCUUGAAUUUUACUCCUCAAACAAAGUGUAUUCCUCUCUCUUGCUUCUCUUUUUCUCUUCUUCUUUGGAAUUAUUUUCCUUUUCUUAUGGCUUUCCCAUUAGAUCCCAUGUCUUCAUUUAUGCUGGUUGUUCCAAUGAAAAAUACCAACCCAAUUCCCAAUUUGAAUCAAAUUUCAAUUCUUUACUCUCAUCAAUUGUUUCUUCAUCUUCCCAAAUCACCUAUAAUUCCUUUGCCAUUGGAAAUGACUCCUCAAAUAUUCAACUUGAAGGAGCAGUUUUUGGCCUCUAUCAAUGUAGAGGAGACUUAGCCACAACUGAUUGCUCAAAAUGCAUACAAAAUGGUGUGAAUCAAAUUCAUUUGGCUUGCCCUUAUUCUUAUGGGGCAACUCUACAAUUGGAGGGUUGUUAUGUGAGAUAUGAGCACUUUGAUUUCUUGGGGAAGUUGGACACAAGUGUGAAGUUCAAGAAGUGUAGUUCAAGCUCGAGCAACGACGUCGAGUUCUUUCGAAGACGGGACGAUGUGCUCGCCGAUAUGCAAGCUGGGGCCGGGGCCGGGAAUGGAUUUAGAGUUAGUAGUUCGGGGUUGGUUCAAGGUUUUGCUCAAUGUUUAGGAGAUUUGAGUUCACAAGAUUGUUCAUCUUGUCUUGCUGAUGGUGUUGGGAAAUUGAAAAGCUUGUGUGGAUCAGCUUCAGCUGCUGAUGUGUUCUUGGGACAGUGUUAUGCUCGCUAUUGGGCUUCUGGCUUCUACCCUAAUUCUUAUGUAUCUCCGAGCGACGACCAAGCAGGUAAGACGGUCGCGAUCAUAAUCGGUGUCGUUGCGGCUCUCGCCAUCCUUGUUGUUCUCCUCUCAGUUUGCAGAAGAGCCAUGGCAAGCUGAGAGGAAAAGAAAGAGAGAGAGAGAGAGAGAGAUUUGUGCUCUUUUUGCUUUAACAUAAUGGAGAAUAUAUGAUGGUGAGAUGAUGAAAGUUUCCCACAAAAAUGUUUGUUAAAAAAUAUUCUUGUGAUGACACUGAUCUCUUAUCUUCAACA